AGUACGAAUCAAAUUGGUCGGGAUGGGUUGGUAAACUUUCUUCGCAAAAGUUUGUGGAAAAGCAGCAAAAGUUUUCGUUCGGUUCGCGGCGGUGGCAAAGUGUUGACUUUUUUGCAAUUUUAGAAGAGUGAUUUGAGCGGCUUAUCGCAACGUAGCGGAACAUUGCAGUGAUAAAAGGUGCAUCAAAGUACGCAGCUAGGCAGGUGUAAAAAGGUUAUCACAUUCGCGGCAUUGCAUUUUGGAUUGUGUUUUGCGAUCGAAAGCAAAAAAAGGCAGAGGGAAAAAAAGAAGGACAUUAAAAUUCAGAAGCCAAAGUAAAAAUAACACACUCUUUACGAAGGGGAGCCGAAAAAACAAAAACACUCUUGAGAGUCGAGAUUUUAAAACACAGCAUUUGGUCGUACAACAAACGCCAUUGACAGGAGAAGUAGAAGAGUAUGAAAUGAUAAGCCGCCGCCUUCGCCAGUCAAAAUAAUUAGAGACUGUCCUCCCCCGCCCUCCCCACCUCGGUUGCAAGUUGGGCGGUUGUUUGCGUAGGCAGAUUUUCGAAGCUGGAGGAGGACGAUUCGGGUGAGGAGAAAAGUGCACAAAAAACCAGCCCGAAAAUGAACCUGCUGGACAGCAACCCGUACGGGAACGGCCUCCUGUACGCCGGAUUUAAUCAGGACCAAGGUUGCUUCGCGUGCGCCACCGACAAUGGCUUCCGGGUGUACAACACGGACCCGCUCAAGGAGAAGGAACGCCAGUACUUUACGGACGGCGGCGUCGCUCACGUGGAGAUGCUCUUCCGGUGCAACUAUCUGGCCCUGGUCGGCGGCGGCAUCCGGCCGCUCUAUCCUCCGAACAAGGUGCUCGUGUGGGACGACCUCAAAAAGGCGCCGGCCAUCUCGCUGGACUUCAACGCCCCGGUCAAGGCAGUUCGGUUACGGCGGGACCGGAUCGUAGUUGUGCUGGAAGGAAUCAUCAAAGUUUACACGUUCACACAAACGCCGACACAGCUGCACGUGUUCGAAACCAGCCAAAACGGCCAGGGACUGUGCGUGCUCUGUCCCAACAGCAACAAAUCACUGCUGGCGUUCCCGGGCCGGCGAACGGGACACGUGCAGAUCGUUGACCUGGCAAAUACCGAGAAGGCUCCGCAGGAGAUUAUCGCCCACGAAACGGCCAUCAGCUGCAUCGCGUUGAACCUGCAGGGCACGCGACUGGCCACGGCGAGCGACCGCGGCACGUUGAUACGGAUCUUCGACACGGCCAGCGGAACCAAGGUGGCGGAAUUGCGGCGAGGGUCCAAUCAGGCCAAGAUCUACUGCAUCAACUUCAACCACGCGUCGACGGCGGUCGUCGUUUCGUCCGACCACGGCACGAUCCACGUGUUCAACCUGGAGGAACCCAAGGGCAAGGAAUCGUCCAGCAUGCUGACCAAGUACUUCACCAGCCAGUGGUCGUUCUGCAAGUUUUCGAUUCCGCAGGGACCGCCGUGCAUUUGUGCGUUCGGCUCCGAGAACAAUUCGGUCAUUGUAAUUUGCGCCGACGGCCACUACUACAAGUUCGUCUACAACAGCAAGGGCGAGUGCAGCCGGGAAGUUUGCUCGCAGUUCCUCGAGUUGACCGACGAUCACACCUAGAGGACGUUGUUUUACGCAAAAAAAAAGAGAGACUGUUUUUGGAUGCGCGGAAAUUAUGGUGUCUUCGAAUGUGGCUCGGUCUCGGUUUUAACGGGGUCAAACGGGACCGGGGGCAGCUCCUGGGUCCUACUUUACUGAGAAGAAGCGAUUUUAUUUUAGAUGGAAAAGUCCAGGUUUUUUGUUAGCGUUUGCGUUUGCUUUGGAUUCUUUUUUCCUCAAACACAACACACUCUCAUGAUGCAGAUGAAAAAGUAUAUUUUACGUUGUGAGAAAUACGGGAAAAAUCUGGAUUGUAAGUGAACUAAUAUAUACAUACAUAUUAUUGAUAUAAUAUUUAUCAAGGAGAACAAACACACACACAUACAUUAUGAGCAUUAAGCGAUUAUUAUGAUUCUUAUUAUUGAGCGAAUAGAAUUAUUGUGUAUGUCAUCUGAAAUAAUGGAGAUAAGCCCCAUUAUUUAAUAAAUAUUUUUGUUGGUAUAUCUCAA